AUGUUUAGAAAUGUAACCAAAAAUAUUAAUAGAAAGCACGUUAUAGGGUGCUUUGCAAUUUCUGGGACCUUAUACUUCGGUUAUAAAAAUGUUACUUUGUACUUGGACCAGAAGUCAAAGAGCGAAGAGCUAUCGCAGCAAUUUAAGGCAAAUAAAACAGAUACGCUUUCUGAUAACUUGAGAAAGUUUGACACCAAUUUUGACAAGAAGGACCUGGCGCUCAGGAACGGAGAUCUGAUGUUUAUAAAGUACAACCUGGAGAGGCUGAAUUUGUAUAAUCGGUACAAAAUGAUUCUGGUCAGGAACUUGUCGAACAAUCGCAUCUAUGACGACCUGGGAAUUGUAUACAACUCAGGGGAUAUGUACUAUAUAGUCCUCAUGCCCUCAGUAAAACUGAGGUCGAAAAUUGCCGUAAGAGAGCUCAAUAUUACCGACAGAAAGUCCAGAGGAGUAGUGGCCAUAGAAUACGAUGAUCUAAUUAGAGAAAAUCACCCAGAUGUAAUAUCGCUAAGGAGGCUAAUCUGCUCGGAGUCAACGAGAGAUGGGCUGGUUAAAUCGCUCAAAUCGGCGAUUUUUGAGUUGAAGUCGUCAGUUAAUUCAGGUCUGGCUUCAAUACUGAGUAGCUGGCUGUUCAACUUGCCGUACUUGGGACACAAUAAAUCGGAAUUUAUAAACGCCCUAACCUACAGGGACGAAUUGGAUUACACGAGAAGUUCAAUUAAGUAUAGCUCUGCCAGGGCACUGAAGAAGGUGGAAGGUGCAAUGGAUUUAAACACUUCAGUAGCUCAGAAGUCAGGUGAUGACUCAAAGGACGAUGGCACAGGCUACUCGAUUGAAAGUUUGGGGAAUUUGGAAAGGACUCUGGGCGAAUAUGAAAAGGACAUAGACAGUUUGAACGCAUUGAUUGAAAAAUUCACGGAAAAAAUAAGGAAAAGCAAGUUUAGGGACGAGAGCAAGUACAUAGGCACGGAAACAAGCUUAGUCACGAAGGUAUAUUCAAAGUCGGGGAUACUUCCACUGAAUAACAGCACGAAGCUGUUCAGCAUUUACAACUAUUUCGAGUUAGAUAGCCUAUACAAUAAUGCAGCCUCAGAAGACCCGGAAAAAUAUUCGAGGCUAUCGUCGCCAUUCAGCGUAUACACAGGCGGAGUUAACCGAGUUAGACUUAAAAACCUAAAAUAUCCGCAGAUCAGAGACAUUCUGUACCGAAAACUAUAA